CGCAGAGAGACGACAGACGACACGACAGAGGCUUUUACGCAAUAAGUGUGUCCGCGGGUUCUGUCGAGUGGAGCUCGAAACCUCCUCGUGCUCGGUGUCAAAGCAAAGUUAAGGAAGACCAUCUCUUGGGAAAAUGUUGCGUGUCGUCGCGACCAAAGCCGUCUGUGGACUGCGACAGGUGAUCGCGAGACCCGCAGCCGUGAGCUCCCAGCAGCUGAGGGCUUCGCACGGCAAGACCGAGACGGACGAGCAGUUCGACGAGAGAUACGAGAAAUUCUUCAGCCGGCCAGACAUCGACCACUGGGAGAUCCGCAAAGCCAUGAACGACCUCGCUGGUAUGGAUCUUGUUCCUGAACCAAGGAUCAUUUGUGCUGCACUCAGGGCCUGCAGGAGGCUAAACGAUUAUGCUCUGACAACUAGAUUUUUAGAAACUAUCAAGGAUAAGUGCGGCGACGAAGUUGACAAAAUUUAUCCCUACAUCUUGCAAGAAAUCAGACCAACUUUGGAUGAACUUGGUAUUAGUACGCCAGAUGAGCUUGGCUAUGAUAAGCCCGAAUUGUGGUUAGAUGAUCCCGAAAAUAUCUAAUUGAAUGAAAUUAAAGGUCAGUUUAUAUGAUUAGUUUAAACAAAAAGUAUAAUCAAAAGGAAAAGAAACUUCAUAUACACAGCCUUGUAUUAAGUAUAGAACAAAAAAAUUAUCAUAUCUUUAAAUGUACAUUUGUUCACUUCUGUUACUCUAUAACAAUAACAGUAAUUUAAUAAAAAUUUUGUUUAAUUA